UCGAUACUCGCGAAGUAAACAGUGGAAAUAGCGGGUAGAAAAUGCGUUGAUUUUCAUUUGAUCGGGCUCUAUAAAUUGCCGUAGUAGUUUAAAAUCAAAAUUAAGUAUGAAACUGCUUUUGAUAUGCGUCGUUUAUUUCUUGAAAGGGGUAGCUUUUGCCUCGAAAACCUACCCGGUAUCGGAAGGUUUGUCUGACAGUGGGCAGCAAACAUCAACAAGCUUUGGAUGUGGAUGGAUGGUGUUCUCACAGAACAAACUUACAGUGUGAUCAUCAAAACAAAUGAAUCCAUAGCAGACAAAGCUGUAUUUCUCGAUUUCCUAACAGGAAAGACGAAAGAAGAUUGCCUGCAGAGUUGCUGUUCUCUAUCUGACUGCAAUUUGGCAGUUUAUGAAAAUAAGGAUGACAGGAAUUGUUACCUGUUUAAUUGUGGUACGGGUGAGAAAUCCAGGUGUCAUUUUGCGCGUCAUGAAGGUUACAUGAUAAUGACGCUCAGUGGAAAGAGUUCACAGCCCAAAUCGCCACUGACCAAGUUGAAAGAGAGUCAACACGAAGAUGAACUAGAAGGUCUCAUGGACCAGAAAGCUGAAAUAUUACCAAACAAGGAUGAUGUCAAACCUACAAUUCGGCCAAAAAUUGAAACAACAGCCGCUCCACUUAAAUCAGAAGAUCCUGAUGCUGGUCAGCUGUAUUCAGAGUGUGCAGAUGGUUUAUAUUGUGAUGAUGACAAUGCUGUCUGUCGACGAGGUGUUUGUGUGUGCAAGUCAGGCUACAAUUCCAGGUCCCAAACGUGCCGUGCUCCCCAUGAGGAAUCCCUUCAACAGCUCAGCUCUCAGAAUCCUCCUCCUGAAGGACGAGAUGGUCGCCCUCCUAUUAGUACCUCUGCAGCUAAGGACGACCAUGUUGACUCUCCUCAAGCAGAGGAGCAAGAGUUACCUGCCUUUGCACCCUCUGUAGGCAAGGCAUGGGCAGAGCAGAGCUCAGAGGAAGACAAGAAACAAUCCGCCGAAGUGUCCGAGAUGAGAGAAGACACUGUUGCUCCUGCUAAAAUGAUACACAGCCCUGAGAAGGAGCUACAGGAGACAAAACCAUCACUGAAGAAAGAGAAGGUUUUGAACUCUGAUGUUAUAGGGGAGCCUCAGACAGGAUAUGUUUCAUCAACACAUUCACCUAAAGCUGAUGGGAAGUCGCACUCUUACCAGAAACCACAAACUGAUGCUGACCGAGCAUCCAUAGGUGAGGGGCAGGGUCAAGGCCCAGGGGAGGAGCCUCAAGUAAGCAGGCCAGAGUCUGUACAGCCUGAGUACCCCAGCAGACCCAAGCCCUACCAACUUAGUCAUAGACCGGGUGUCAUGAGAGGCCCUACAGCAGACAGACAACCAGACGGCCAGCCAGUCAUACAACCAGACAGCCAGACAAACAUACAACCAGUUAGACAACCAAACAUACAGCCAAUGAGACAACCAGUCAGACAGCCAAACAUGCAACCAUUUAGACAACCAGUCCGGCAACCGGGCAGGCAACCAGUUAGACAACCAAACAGACAGCCUGUCAGACAACCACUGAAUCCAAGGACCCGUUACCCAUACCCUUAUAAUAUUGAUGCGGAUCGUAGCCAGGUGCCUCAGUACCCUGUACAGUAUCCAUCAUACGAAUGGGACUACCGACCUGACGAAUAUGGUGGAUCCUUCAGGGGUGAAGAUUACAACCCAGGGCCUCUGGACCAGGGUGGGUACGACUACCCAUACAGACAUUCCAACUUCGGACCAGAUGACAUACCUGUAUCCAGUAAAUCACACAUCAACAGAGUCAAAGUGAACCAUGGGAAAGUUCCUGAGUCCGCGAAAAGCCCAGCAGAACACAUGCAGGAGCCUCCUGUGAUGGCCACAGCUAAGCCUUCAACCCAAACUACUGCUCGUACCCCUGCCACUACCCCAGCUCCCACACCAGGCUGGAAAUCCAGUCAAUCACCCUUAACUACUACCACAAUUGUCAGCACAAGCCAGAGCACGCCCAAACCUCCUGUCUCACAGUCCCAGAACUCUACAGGUGGGCAUCUUGCAGAAGAGGUGAAUGGAGCACGUGAUGUGGCGGUGGAACAGAUCAUUAUUGCCAGUCCGACUGACUCAGCCCAGGGCCCCAUCGUCGCUCUGGCCCUGGGCCUGGCUUUCACUGUCAUGUUACUCAUUUUUGUGGGGUGCAGGCUCAGAAAUGUAAAGAGAAGAAUCCGAAAAGGGAGAGCACUCCACUCAAAUGAAGCAGAUUAUCUCAUUAAUGGCAUGUACUUAUAGUUAUCUCCCUUGUUUAACCAGCUUGUUUGGUGCGAGGUUGAGUCAUAAACUGCACUCGAUGUGAUUCUCAUUUUCAGCUGAAGGUAACGAAACAUCAUUUUAACAUGUGACUGUGUUUGCCCAUGAAACAGGAAGUCAGGCUUUUUUACCAAACUGUAGAAUGAUUGAGCUGGUUGUUGAGAUUUAUCAUGGAAGAACUGAUAUUCAACUACACAGUACUGAAACUCAUCUUGAUUUUUUCAAAACAUUUUCAGGAGAUCAAAGGCUUUGAAUUAAAGAGAUCUUGAGGAUUUUAAUGUUUAAAUUGUGCAUGUGUGAGUCUGGGAGAGAUUAACCUAUUUAAUUAGACUAAAAACCAUGUCUGCGAACAGACAUAAUUUUCAAGGUAAAUGUUAGAAAUAUAUGUUUAACUAUUACUAUAAUUCCAGUAAAUGACAGUAAAAAAGAAAAAAAAGUGUGCUAUAGUAAGUACAUAGACUUGUUUUUCUAGCCCAUAACCAUUCAGAGCUGAGUAAUGUUUAUGAUAAAAAUUACAAUCAUCUUAUUCCUUACAGACCAGACUUAUGAGACCUGUAAUUUGUGGUUUUCUCUGUCACCAUUAGAAAGAUUUGUAGCUAACAUUCUGAAAACUCGGCAUUCCUGUUAUAUCCAGCUUCAUUCAUUCCUGAUUGGUUGUUUUAUCAGCCACUUUAAUGAUGCUGAUGUUUGAGGUGAAGAGAGUCUCAUGGUUCUCAAAUUAAAGUUGGAGGCUUGUUACUCAUAAGUUGAGCGUAGAAGGAAAGUUGUCCUAGAAACCAGCAUUCCAUUAAUCGUGUGCAGAAAGGGAUUUAAUAGAUGGUCAGCAUUUAACUUCUUGUUUAGAUAAGAUGAAUGAGGUAAUGUGUUACAGACCGCACACAAGGGAGGCUGUAACUUUUUUGUACGUUUUGGGACUACAUUGUAAAUUUACAACACAUUUUUAAAUGCAUGAGUGAAAGAGGUUGUAAUUAUAAUGUAAAGUGUGAAUGGUUGUAUAAAAAAAUACAAAUGUUAUAUACAGUAAGAAUAUUAUACAACUGUACAUAUGCAUUUGGUGUAAUUAGUCUUUCACAAUUUAUGGAUGUCUUGUUUUAGGCUCGGUGGUACAUGUACGUAGUCAGAUUAUGUCAUAUUCCAUAGCUCUAGGUGACUUCACUGUGAUCUGCUCAAUUAUCCCUUCUCUGGUGUGACGAGAUUUUGUUUUGGUAGGUGCUUGUCUGAUGACGUGUGAGCCUUUUACUUAGCUAGCUACUGGUAGGCUUUGUUUUGAGUACAACAUGGCAGCCACAUUAUGCUUGACAGGUCAGAUGGACUUUGCGCUUGAUGAAGUAUAUCCAGUAUCUUGUGUGAGUGUACAAUAUAUAUACAUGUGUAUAGAUAUAUUUAUGUAUAUGUGUGAAUUUGUCUAUCCACUUUCUACUCAAUGGCCUCGACUGUACAAUCAAAAUAAACCAUAAAGGUAGAGAUAUCCAUUUUGACAGCAAAUACUGCAGUGCUGGCAACUUAUGUCUUGAACAAGUUUGAUUCUUUUAUAUAAGCCACAUGUGUUUAAUAAGGAGCCUGAUCUGUCAGAUCAGAAAGGAAUCCAGUCUUGUUUUCAUGAUGGUUAAUUUUAUUGAAUUCAAUUGAAAUUUGGUCCAUGGUUUCACCAUGACAAGUCACAGAUCAAAUUGUUUGAAGACGUUUUAUCUGUUUUCGUGAAAAUUAUGUUUUUGUCCUGUUUUGGACUUUUUUUUCACAAAUCUUUGUUCAUGUUAAUUUUCAUCAGCUGUGUAUGUAGUUGGUAUCAUUUGCCAUAAGAAGGUGUGGUAAUCAAUAAUUGUAAAGCAGAAGUGAAGGUUUAGACAAGCUUUAUUCGUGUUUGCUCCCAGUGCAGUCAACCCAAGUGGCAUUUCUUCUUGGUACAGUAUGUCCACUAAGGUGUACAAUUAUCAUUAUAUCUGUCAUUGUACUCAGUUCUGUGAUAGCUUGUGACAUCACAUUCCCUUAUUUUACAAGUGCAAUUCACAUUUACCAGUCUUUAGUUUUAGUAUCUUUAAUUAUGUUUACAUAUUUUCACAAUGUUUGGCAUGUUGGAAAAUUUUAUCACACCUGGUGUGCCAACUCUUUGCCAGAAAGUACAUGUAGUCCUAGAUAUUUAUUUGCAGGAUGUGUUUCAGUUCAUAAAUGAAGUUGUUGAACCAACUGAGCAGUUCUAAUGAAAAUAUGUUUUCACCAUGAACACUGAGGAUGUAAACAUCCUAUAUACAGAUAUACAUUAAGUUUUGGGAAGUUUUUAUAAUCAGAUCAGAACUGACGUCCUGUAAAGUACUGAUGUUCAAAAAUUUGAUGUGGGUAGUGCCACUUGUCAGUUUUAGUGUCCAGAAAAUACAAAUUUUAUGUACCUUUGUGUUAACUUUACUAAAUAAAGGUCACACUUUGUUAAAGCCUUUUCUUUUCAGUUUCCAUUUUAACUUAGUAAAAUCAAUGAGAACAGAUUGAUAUUUUUCC